AAUGACGUCACUUUAAAUCAAUACAUCGUUGUUAAUAUGUUUUAGGCGGCGAAAUUGGCAGCCAUCUUUUGUCAAAAGAAAACAGAAUUGUAGAUAAUGAAAAUAUCAUGCUGCCGCGACCUUAUAAAGUGUUAUGGUGGAAUAAAAUGUGUACAUAUUUAACUUUAGGAUAUCCGUACCAAUCUGGCUGUGAUAAGGUACAUGAUUAGCUGUGUUUUCGACUGACGAGGAAAAAAAUCGUUUAAAAUGGCUACAACAGAAAAUGAAUAUUAUAUCAGAGCCAUACUGCUGCUGGUUGAAGGUGGUUGCUAUAUUUCAAAAAAAGUAUUAUACAGAGAACAUUCUGGUGACAUAAACAAAUUGCUUAAUAGUUUUAAACGUGAAUUAAAGCGCGAGUUGCACGAAAAACAAAUAGAAAAACUAUUUCCACCAAAUGGAAACACUAUAGUUGACACAUGGGACCUUCAAAUGCUAAUUAUAGUAGUUUUAAGACUAUUUCAUAACUCUCUUAAGAGGGAAGAUAUAAGGAAAUUACGAGAUCUAAAACUUUUGCGGAAUGAAGUGCAAGCACACAGUUCUUCAGUAACACUUGAUGUAGUUCAAUACGAGGAUAUCAAAGACGAGCUUACUGAUGCAUUGACCAGUUUAGCUUCGGGCUUUGGAGAAAAUGUGCAACAGGAAUGCAGAUCAUUUAUCAACAAGUACACGUCUGGGCCUCUCGAUGUAAUGUCCGCUAGAGAGUAUCUGAAGCAAUUACAGAAUUAUGAUGUACUGUUUAAACAAGUGUUGGAGAAGAUCGACAGUUCUAAGAAUGACAUAUGUACGCGCUUAAAUGCCACACAGAAGUGUCUGUCGGACGAUGUCAAGAAUGUCAGUCAACAGGUGACAGAUCUUGAAAAGACUUUGAUUGAGCAACUGCAAAGACUUGAUGCAGGAACUUGCAGGAAGAAAAUCAAAGUUGGUAUGCAUGUGGAGUUAUCGCUAGGUGGACCAACCGAAGAGUGGAUACUUCUAAUGGAGAGAACAUUGAAUGAUGUCUUUAACGAAGCAUAUAAAACAUCUGGAGGAAAAUUUGAAGAUAUCAAGAAAAGAGUAGAGGAUUUACUCGAAGUUAUCAAACAAAACACAACAAUCAAUUACAAUGGCUCAAACAUAAAGUGCAUCAUUCUUAUGUUUGAAUGCUUUACAUACUCUGGGCUAUUGGAUUUGCUCCAGUAUCUAACGAGUCAGAAAUAUCAACGUCGGCUUGAUGGUUUAACAGAAACAUUGUCGACGCAUUUUGAGGUUGAUAUUCCAGUAACGGCUACAUCUACAAUCUCACCUGAAUGCUUGCAAAAUGCGUUAGACGAUUUAAAGUGCGAAAGAGAAAAACAGGAGACUGAAAAUUGUCACAGUCAUCCGACUGAUGAAUCCAAGAAGUCGUUAAAGCUGGCGAUGGAAUGUUCAUCUGUAGAAGACUUGGUAUAUCUCUGGAAAAUGUUUCAACAGGGUGGUGCUGCAUAUUAUCUUGACAGAAUAGCUGAUAAGCUUUCUGAAUAUUUUGGAAAGAGAAUAACUUUAUCAUCAUCUUUAAAUCUGGAAGAAUUCAAAAAAGCACUUGAAGAUACACUUGAAAGUGCUGAAGAUGCUGAUGUUGGAGCAAGCAAUAUAACAGGUAAACAAGUUAUAUGCAAGUGCAUAUAGAUAUUUGACUUCAUUAACCAAUGUCACGU